AUGCCUGAACGGUCAUCUCUUUUGGCGCCAGCCCAUAUCAUCAGCUAUGGCUCGCUGCUAGGAUUUCAGUCCUAUCAAACAUUUGUCAGUGGUAUAAUUGCGUUUAGAACGCUUCCCAGGCCACAGUUCUCAACCCUCCAAUCAUCUAUUUUCCCAGUCUACUUUGGUCUGCAGGCUGCAGUGCCACUUGUGCUAGCUUUGACCUACCCUGGCGAAAAAGUCGCUGGUCGGUUUGGUCCCUCGGGUUUCGCCGGCGUAUUUUCUGAUAGCAACCGAUGGAGCACUCUAAUUCCCAUCGUAACCACAUUUUUGGGUGGAAUCACGAAUUUACUGGUCAUUCAGCCAGCAACCGCAAAAGUGAUGCGCCAAAGGAAAGAACAAGAGUCAAUUGAUGGGAAGAAAUACACGGACUCAGGUCCCCAUUCAAAAGAGAUGAUGAAACUGAACAAGACAUUCGGAAGGCUUCAUCAAUUAUCAGCCGUGGUUAAUCUGGCUGCCCUGGGAGCCACCGUUUAUUAUGGUACAGUUCUCGCAGAACGCCUCAACUAG